UGACGGAGCCAGCCUCUUUUGGCGCAGACUCUGUCAUCCCAGCUGGGCUUCGAGGAGGGCAUCUCAUAAUCAGGUCACAUUCCACUGAGGAGCCACCCUCCAGCUCUCCCUAAAACCGGGAGCCCAGCGAGGGCAGAAGACAAAUAAUUGCUUGGCAAGAGGUGGAGGGGAAAAAAAAGACCAAGCUCAGAGAUGAGAGCCCCAGGCUGUUGUCUGGUGCCACUGUUGCUGCUGGCUGUCGCCGUGGCGGAAGGGGACAGCAAAGGGGGGAAAGACGGAGACCAUCCAGGCAAUUUUAUGGAGGACGAGCAAUGGCUGUCUUCCAUUUCUCAAUACAGCGGCAAGAUCAAACACUGGAACCGCUUUCGAGACGAGGUGGAGGAUGACUAUAUCAAGAGCUGGGAAGAUAAUCAACCAGUUGAUGAAGCUUUGGACACAACCAAGGACCCCUGCCAGAAAGUGAAGUGUAGCCGGCACAAAGUUUGCAUUGCCCAGGGCUACCAGAGGGCUAUGUGUAUUAGCCGCAAAAAGUUAGAGCACAGAAUCAAGCAGCCUGCGCUGAAACACCAUGGAAACAAAGAAAGCUUUUGCAAACCAUGUUACAUGACCCAGCUCGCAUCUGUCUGCGGCACUGAUGGACACACGUACAGCUCUGUGUGUAAACUGGAGCAGCAAGCCUGCCUGACCAGCAAGCAGCUGGCAGUGAAGUGUGAGGGCCAGUGCCCCUGCCCGACCGAGCAUGGCCCCACCUCAACCACAGAUGUCAAACAAGAGACUUGUACCGGGCAGGACUUAGCAGACCUGGGGGACCGUCUGCGGGACUGGUUCCAGCUCCUACAUGAGAACUCCAAGCAGAACAGUUCUGGAAACCUAGGGGCCAAUCCAGUGAAUGUACUUGACAAGAGCCUGGUGGCCAGUUGCAAGGAUUCCAUUGGCUGGAUGUUUUCCAAGCUAGACACAAACAAUGACCUUUUCUUGGACCAGACAGAGCUUGCAGCGAUCAACCUAGACAAGUAUGAGAUUUGCAUCCGGCCCUUCUUCAACUCCUGUGACACCUAUAAGGAUGGCCACGUCUCCACCGCCGAAUGGUGCUUCUGCUUCUGGAGAGAAAAGCCCCCCUGUCUUGUGGAGCUGGAGAGGAUCCAGAUCCAAGAAGCAGCAAAAAAGAAACCUGGUGUUUUCAUUCCAAGCUGUGAUGAGGAUGGGUACUACAGGAAGAUGCAGUGUGACCAGAGCAGUGGGGAGUGCUGGUGUGUUGACCAGCUUGGCCUGGAGCUGACAGGAACAAGGAUACGUGGAAACCCGGACUGUGAUGACAUAGUUGGGUUCUCGGGGGAUUUUGGGAGUGGCGUUGGAUGGGAGGAUGAGGAAGAGAAAGACACUGAGGAAGCUGGAGAAGAGGCUGAAGAAGAGGAGGGAGAGGCAGACGACGGAGGCUACAUAUGGUAGAAGCGGAGAAGAGCACAAUUUGGUCGGGAUGCUGGCAGCAAGGCGAGACAGCAGUCAAACUCGAAGAAAUGAGCAGCUUAAUGAGAUGAUCAGGAAACACAGUUGAAUGUAACUUACUAUAGUAGAAAAAGUGUGUGCGCGCAUGUAUGUGUGUGUGGAUGCUUGGAGUGCUAUUUACAAUGCCCCUGGGACACCCUGCAUUCUCCCAAUAUAGCUGAAAGCACCACUGUAGCAAAGCAAAAGUAAAAAGCAGUCUGCAGUGUUGGUUCAGUUGGGGAUUUUUGUUCCACUUUUAGGUCUGUAUUGAUAAAUAUUUCAGCUCAUGGGCACACCCCCUCCCCCAUCAGUGUGCACAUGCUCACACAUACCAAUACCCACAUGCAUAUUCACAGCCAUGUUAACCACUGAGUAAAAAAACCCACCAGUAAUUAACACCUUGGUAUAUGAAUCUGAGCUAGCUCACCACUGACUUUAGCAGUUGCACACUGCAACCACCUCAGAAAAUCACAGGAGCAUUUCCCAGUCUGCAUUGUAGCACAUGCACUGCCAUGAAUGACAGGCUGUACUAGUGUGCAGUCCUUCACUUGCCUAAAGUUUAGGUGAAGAAUUGUACGGCCAUGGUCCAAAUGCAGGGCUGUACCCUGUGUGGGUGAGACAGAAGUGUCCUUGGGCCUGUUUGAGAUUCCUGUUUCUUGGGGGAAAUUAACCUAUAAGGAUAUUGCAUCUUGCUGUUGAAAGCAACACUCUCGUGGUAGGUCAGUGACUGUUUAGGCACCUGUGGCUGGCUCAGCUGCAUUAAACCCAAAAGCGGUAUUGAAGUUUUUUGCCAAACAGAUUGAUCAUGAAUUAAUUCUGCAUCUUCUAGUGGGACAGAAAAGGGGAUCAGGCACUUAGUUUUGCAGACCAUUUUAAUCAUGGGGCAAAGUUUUGAUCAAUGAUUUUAAUAAUCUUUUUGACCUUGCAUGAUGAAAAAACAAACUGCAUUGACAGACUCAUUACAAUAAGAGCCCAAGAAAACCUGUUCUGUACCCACUUCCUUCCCAUCCAUCCGCUGUUGUCCAGGGCCAGCUUCUGGCAGUCAGAGGUUUAGGGAUACUCAGAGCAUGGGGCGGGGUGUCCCUGACCAUCUUGGCUAAGAGCCAUCGAUGGUCUUGGGAGAAAGCGAAUCUUGCAGCUGGCACAGGCGGGACAAGCCAUGAACUAACAGGAUCAGAUAGGCAAUGCUGUCCUAUGAAAACCCAAAAGCUUGGCUGGAACCUGACUCAGAUUGGUAGUGCCCAAAAGCUGUCGCUAUAUGAUACCCAUGAAUGGGGCCAGUUGAAAUGUAUUGGUGGUGUCUGUCCAUUUAUUAAGGAUUUGGGGGAGGGGAAGAGGAAGGUUCAAUGACAAUGGGUGAUCACACAGACUGCAGCUUUGUUUUGUCCAUUGACUAGAAUUUUGUGUGUGCAUAAGCAAGAUGUCUUCUGGGUUUCAGAAUACUCCUUACAGUGUUCUACUCUUUGCAAAGCUGGGAGCUGCUCAGACCAGUAGAACUGGCUAUAAGGCUGCCCAUUCAGCUUCUUGAAACCAUUGUGUAAUUCCAGCCACAAUUUCCAUUAUCAGUCCCAGAAAGCCUCCAUGUAACAGAAGAUGAGAUGAGGGACUAGUGGCAACAUAGCUCCAGGUCACAUCUUUCCCUGUUCGUGGGAAUAUUCUGUCACCUUCACCCUGUCAGAAAAGGAGAAACAAAGUCUGAAAGGUCAGUUUCUUUGUAAGAUGUAGAGCACUUUCCUACCCCUCCAGGAGACAAGGCAUUUAUUGAAUAUGAACAAUGCAUGUACCAGUGUUUUUUGUCAUUGCUGUCUCUGGAAAGCACCUACCGUUUCCUUCUGUUCAGUUUAUGUGUCUGUCGGGGUUGGGCUGAGGUACUUUUGAAUGUUCUGUUAGUCACUGGAUGCUUGAGAAGCUCUGAUGAGCUAGAAAAGUCAAUGCUUUGGGUUUUACUACAGAAGAACCAGCUCCCCAAGAACUCGUAUUUAAAGGCAGGAAGACUAGGUUAGUGGGGCAUAGGAAGCAACUUGGUGAGCAGCAUGGGGACAGUGCAACAGAAGAUGAAGAUAGAUGUGAAAAUGACAUUCCUUCAGUGAAAGAAAAGACAUCUCCCCACUUGCGGAACAGUCACCCACCCCCUAUCUUCACUGCAGCCUCCAUAAUCGUAAACUGGGUGUCGGCUCUUGGCUUAAGAAGGUUGAUUUGCUUUUUUUGAUGGAGACACUCACAGUGAGUGCGUGCGCGCACGCGCGCACACACCAAAGAAGGGGCUUGAUCCUAUUCCCAUUACGUCAAUGUAAGAUUUGCCAGUGACUUAACUGGAAGCUGGAUUUGACCAAGCUAUGUUAAUUUCAGUUUGAUGGAAUGGCCCUCAGCAAUCAGAUGCUAAUAUUACAAGUGUGGCCCUGUCGGCGUAUGGGUGUGUGACUUGAAAGUCUGUGCAUGUGUGCGCAGUGUAAACAUGUCCCAGUACAGAGAGAGAGAGUGUGGGUGUGUGGUAAAAUAGUGAUAGCCAGCUUGGCUUACAUUGGGCAUUCCAGAUCUUAUGUGACAUUAAGUCUAAAAGGAAGCUCAAUGUGCUACAAUCCGAGUAAACCCAAAUAAUAUGCUUGCAAUGAUACCCCAUUAGAGAACACUGUUAUGUAGCCAACUGUGAUAAUAAACGCACCUUGCAGUGUGGAACGCUUUACAUUCCUUUCCGCCCAAUCUCUCUCUAAUAAAUACACCCACAAAGCUUAUCUCCCUUUAUUCAGCUAUUUCUCCUGAUCUUCUGAGGAAAGAAUAAUUGACCAGGACUGAUGAGGGGACACUGUAGUUGAAUGUGCCACUCCCGAAGGGGAUGACCUUCUCAGUCAGUACGCUACUUGAAAUGUUCUGUUUUUCUUAAGAGUUUGUGUUUCAUAUCGGAUUUUUUCCCCCAUCAGCAUCACCUCACAAACUAUAACACACACUUGACUUUUCAUUCCUAAAAGUUCAUUUUUACAUCCCACCUGUUGUCAUUGCCUUUUGGGGCAGUUCCAGUCUCUUUUGUUUGCUUCAUGCCUGCUUGUCUCUGGUACUGGAGUUGCUUCCAGUUGUGCACGUUUAAUAACCUGUAAAUAUGUUUUUGAAUCAAAGAAGCAAUUUUCUAAUCCCAAAGCACUCUAGCUAUGUAGAGCCCCCUUCUUCCCCUGAGACAGUGGGGCUUGCCGCUGAGUUUUGGGCUAGUUGUUAAGGCAUUGGAGUCCUUCAGUCUCAACCAGGCUCAAGGCUGCACUGAUUGUGCUAGGAUUCAGUUUAGCAGUGAAAAACUCCACUGGAGGUGUUUGCCUCUGCUAACAAGGCCUAUAUUGCUGCAGAGGUCAGCUCCUCCUUUAGCUGCAGAAGCCAAAAUAUAAACAAAGGAACAAACACACAAAUCAUUUGCAGCCUUUUGCUUUCCAGAGCUCUACCUCUGCCAACACACACACACGGUAUUUUAACAACAGGAAUACCCUCCCUACUCUAAUUUUUCCUGGUUGUAAAUAUGACACCUGUGUGUUGGGAUUCUUGUUUGUUUAAUUGACACCACCACCAUUCCCAUAGGAAUCAGCUGCGAUAUCACCACCAUCUCCUUAGCAAGCAGCUUGGCCAUCACACCUGCCCACAUAGUAAGCAGUUGUGCUAGCACAAUGUGUCAUUGGCAGGAGGGGAGGUAGGAGAGGAAAUGUCUAGCUACACUUGUUUUGUUAAAAGUUUUGUUUUUUAAGAAUGAACUAAGCCAUUGCAAUAUCUAUGACUGGCCUUCUGACCCAGGGGCUAGUGAUCUUCACUGCUGUGCAGAAGACCUAGCUUCCAUUCCUGGUUCUCAGCCCCAGAGAUGGCAGGAGCUAGGAGGGCACUGGAAGCACAAGGCUCAGACUCUGAGCAAAAGAGGAAGGGCCAUGCAUUGCACAGCAGCACACACCCCCUUCCCCUGGAAAAGUAGGAAUGCGGCAGCUGGACAUGGAAAGGAGUGUUAGCCUUCUGGUCAAGGUGAAAAGUGGGAUCCGGGAACAUGCAAAGUGGGCAGAUGGAAUCCUAAGGCACAUAGAGGGCACUGUCUCAGCUGUAGGCUUUUCAAGUGUGGCUGAUCAUUCUCUGUGUUUUUGCAUUCAAGCUUCCUGUGGCUCUUUCCCAUACACUUCUCUUUUACUAUGGAACUACCCUGGCUCUACAAAAUAUAGCACCAUGGCUUUAAACCUUUUAUCCACCUCUUUCUCUCUUCUCCUCCGAACCGGCGAUUAGCUCACUGGUGAUCAAGAGCUAUGUAUAUUAAAACCACUAAUAGAUAAGUAUUUUGAAGGUGUUCAAAACAUGUUCAUUUUUUUUUUAAUUAUAUGCUUAAUGAAAGAAACUGACUAACAAAGUUCAGAGAGGAGCAACAGCGUGUAGCCUGAAACAUUUUAAAAUGUCUUAUGUGCAAUAACUUUGAACUUAGAGUUAAGAAUCGUGUUCAAGUGCUUGGAUUUCAGUUUGUAUACUUAAGUGCUAAAAUUGUAUCUCUCAGUAAUUUUAGAUGUUAAUCCAAACCAAGUGUUAGAAUGUAUGUGUGCAUUUGAUGGGCACUAGCGCACCGAACAUUUCAGUUCUUUAGGGCCUCCCUUUUCCCAGCUGCUACACUCCUGUCCUGCUUCACAAGGCCGCCAGGGAAAGCUGUUUCACAUUGUCUGUCUCUGCCUAAUACUUAACCUAAGGAAACAAGUACACACACCAAGAAAUGAAAUAUGUUAUUUUUAAAAAAAUUAAUAAAAAUUUAUAAACACUCCUUUU